GCUUGUGAGUUGAAGUCAGUCGCUGAGAUACUUUGUAAAAUGGCAGACGUGUUGUAAAGCUUGUCCUGUGUGUUUGUGUGUUAUUUUUCGUAUAACAGAAGUUUCGUGUGUCAGACACCGGAUAAUUGACCGUCGGCCACAGUUAGCAAGAUAUGAAUGUUGAUGUUAGGUGCUAGUGAAAUCAGUCCACGAUGGAGUCUCGUGACACGAGUGGGUCAACGGGGCAGUUGUCCAGUUCCGGAAGCACAGGGGGUGGAAUGCACCACUCGCAAUCCACGCCAGCAGGAGUAGACGGAGGGGCGCGGACGCCGCCAACAACGCCCAAGAAAGGAGGCAAAAUGCUUGCAAUCCGGGUGCAGAUGCUCGACGACACCAUAACCAUCUUCCAAGUGCAGGCUAAAGCCAUGGGUAGGGUGUUAUUCGAACAAGUCUGCAAGCAGCUACAUUUAUUAGAAGCAGAUUACUUUGGUUUGGAAUACCAGGACUUGGCUGGAACUAGGUAUUGGCUGGAUCUGCAGAAGCCAAUUUCCCGUCAGCUGGGAUUGUCCCUGGUGGAUCCUUUAUUGCAUUUCUGCGUGAAAUUCUAUACUCCAGAUCCUGGUCAGCUUGAAGAGGAGUAUACCAGGUACUUGUACUGUCUGCAAGUGAAGCGGGAUCUGUCGCAAGGUCUAAUGCAUUGCAACGAUAAUACCGCCGCCCUGAUGGCCAGCUACAUUGUUCAGGCAGAGUGCGGAGAUUACGUGUCUGAGGAUUAUCCGGACCACACGUACUUAUCCAGCUACAAAUUCGUUCCACAUCAAGAUCACGAGAUGGAAAGGAAAAUCAUGGAGAAUCACAAGAAGCAUGCCGGGCAAUCACCUGCCGAGGCCGACUUGAAUUUGCUUGAAACGGCGAGACGAUGCGAACUCUACGGUGUUAAAAUGCACCCAGCAAAAGAUCACGAAAAUGUUCCUUUAAAUUUGGCCGUUGCCCAUAUGGGCAUUGUUGUUUACCAGCAAAUCACGAAGAUCAAUACAUUCUCGUGGGCUAAAAUCAGGAAGCUUUCUUUUAAGAGGAAAAAGUUCCUUAUUAAAUUACACCCUGAGGGAUUCGGCUAUUAUAAAGAUACGGUUGAAUUUUUCUUCGAAGGACGAAACGAAUGCAAGAACUUUUGGAAGAAGUGCGUGGAGAAUCACGGUUUCUUUCGUUGUUCUUCUGUCAAAAAUGUUUCCAGACAUAAAACAAGGGUUUUAUCUAGAGGAAGCUCAUUUAGAUAUAGCGGAAAGACUCAGAAGCAAAUUGUAGAAUUCGUUCGCGAUAAUUAUGUGAAACGCCAGACCUUUCAGAGGUCAGCUUCAUUUCGCCAUUCUAGCGCGCAUUCAAGCGCCAACAACAUGCACACCAGCUCAGUCGGAAACAGCAUUUCCGCUCAUCCCCUGUUGCCCCUUGCUGACACCAACCUCAGCGUGGAAGUGUCCAAGCUCUCAGCGUCACUGGGAGCGAUGGGCGCGGGGUCGCAGGAACCAAUUUCUCCGACGACGAGGUCAGCUUGUCUCCCCCGCGUCACUCCUACGUCUUGGAGCUCGGCCCCAGACACCAGGCCUACCACACUACCUGCUCGGAUGACGAACUCGCCAUCACCUCCUCUGACGACGCAAUCGGGGUCUCCGGUAACUUCUGCGACUACGAGCCCUCAGCAUAUUCCUUACGAGAGCAACAACACGCACAGUUCUCCUGUGGCCGUCCACGCAGCCGUUCACAGGGCAGAUACAGAAAGCAACAUCACGAAGAACAACAUCGAGAACAACAAUUCAUUUUUCGCUUCGACACCGAACGCAAAGUUAGCUAAUGGCAACUUUAACGACACGAUGAAUGCGACUCAUGGUAGCUACAAUCCGUCCAAUGGAAAUUCUAGUCCGUUACGAAAUAUGGCCAAUGAGAAAUUGAUGAAUAGCUUAAAUGCGAACCAGACAACGAACGGGACCAACACGACGACAAUAAUUGCUGAAAUCGAAGGGGAGGUUAAGAAGAGACCUAGAUACACCUCAGAUAAGGCCUAUUACAUUGCCAAGGAAAUCCUCAUGACUGAAAUAACAUACAAGAAAGAUUUAGAUGUUAUAAAUGUGUGGUUUAGAGAAGAAGUUGGGAAAGAAGUCGAAGAAUGCUCAAUUCUGCUCUCAUUAAUAGCACCUCUCGCGCAAGCUCACGCCGUUUUGGUUAAAGAUUUGGAGCAACGUUUGUUAUCUUGGGAAGGACGAGGUGGUCCAAAAGCAGCUCCAGGUCGAAUUGCAGAUGUGCUCUUAGCGCAUUUACCACCGCUGUUACCAAUAUACGAGGAGUAUUUGGAUGGGCAUAUAGUGGUCUUGGAGAGACUAGAUAUAUCAUUUAAACAAAAUUCGCGUUUUGAGCAACUUUACCGCGAUUUUGAAACCCAAAAAGUUUGCUAUCUUCCAUUAACAACAUUCGUUCUGAAACCGCUUCAAAGGCUGCUACAUUAUCACACUUUGCUACAACGUCUAUUGAAGCAUUAUGGACCGACACAUCCGGAUCGUGCAGAUUGCUUGACAGCAAGUGAUACUCUUAAGGAUUUGAUACAACCGGUGGAAGAGACUCUUGCAAUUUCCGAAAACGUAGCAUCUUUAUGCGAACUACAAAGAGACAUCACGGGUUUUGAUAAUAUAGUUCAAACGGGCCGUCACUUUUUAAGGCACGGGUGUUUACUCAAACAUUCCAGAAAAGGAUACCAACAACGCAUGUUCUUCUUGUUUUCCGAUAUUUUAUUGUACACUUCAAGAUCACAGGCUACGUUACAGUUCAAAGUCCAUGGACACAUGCCACUUCGUGGCGUUAUGAUCGAAGAACCCGAAGGAGAAUUUGCUAAUUUCGGUUUAAUAAUAUAUGGAGGUAACAGGGCUUUAACCUUAGCAGCUAGUUCGGAAGAGGAAAAAGAAAAAUGGAAAGCUGACCUUCAAAUGGCGAUUCAGCAAGCUCGAGACAAGACAGACACCAAAGUCACUUAUUUGAGCUUGAAAAGUUGCAGUUCUUCGGAUGAAAUAAUUGACCAAUGCGGUAACGAUGUCAGCACUCAAACUAAGCCAGCAGCAUCACAAAGAUCGAAUACCACUGUACACGUCUGCUGGCACAGAAAUACGAGUAUAAGUAUGAAGGAUCAACUGAUUGCAUUUGACAAUCAACUAUCAGGUUAUCUUUUAAGGAAAUUCAAAAGCAGCAACGGCUGGCAAAAGUUGUGGGUGGUUUUCACAUCGUUCUGUUUGUUCUUCUACAAAGGAUGCACCGAUGAUUUUCCGUUGGCUUCUCUUCCUCUUCUCGGUUACACGGUUGGACCACCCUUACCUCAAGAUGCGAUUGGCAAAGAUUUCGUGUUCAAAUUGCAAUAUAAGAAUCACGUGUAUUUCUUCAGAGCCGAAUCCGAAUACACGUACCACCGUUGGUUGGAAGUGAUCGGAAGCGCAACGCAGAGUAAAAAUAAAAAGAAAAUUGUAGCAAACGAGAAUUCUAUUGAAACGUCUCCAGAGAAGUAGAGCACCGGUGGUCCAGGGAUAGCAACUAAUCAAAAUGGCUGUGCCAUUUACUUUGUAAAUACAGUUUGUAUUAAUUAAACAAAGGUUUAAUAAUCUAAGUAUUAAUUUGUGCAUUCAAACAAAAAAAAAACAACAAAAAAUAG